GUCUCCUCGCCUCCCAGUCCUCCCACACGCCCGUCCGCCCGCGCGCCCCUGCCCUGCUCCACCAGCGUCCCUUCGUAGGCUCCUCUCUCCGCGAUCCGCCCAGAUCUCGCCGGGAUCCGCCGCAUCUCGCCUGGAUUUCGCCUUCGGAACCCGCGGCUCCGUCCAGGUGGGGAGCCAGGAAGGGCCGUUCUUUCCCUGGCGGCGGCGGAUCCGUGUUUUUAUUGGAGGCGGUUCGGCGGGGUUGCGUCGCGUCACGUUCGUGGUGCUGGCUGUGGCGCCGUCGGCGAGCUGUGAUUCGGAGGGGAUUUGUGGUCUACGGAGCUGAGACACGGCAUGAACUAUGACGGGGCUGUGGACAGCAGCGGAACCGAUGAUGAUCUCCCACCAUCAUAUCAGAACAGCAGAGGUAUGAAAGGGAGUGGGCGUACCACUGGUAAUGGAAGAGAUACUAUUGGUGCUGGUCCAUAUACUAGAGUUCAACAAUCUCAGACAGAUAUGGAAACACAAAUAUAUCACCUUGAGCAAGAAGCAUAUUGUUCUGUUCUUCGAGCAUUCAAGGCUCAGUCUGAAGCUAUAACAUGGGAAAAGGAAAGUCUCAUUACUGAGCUUAGGAAGGAGCUACGAGUAUCUGACAAAAAACACAGGGAGUUGCUAAACAGAGUUAAUAGUGAUGAUAUCAUCCGAAGAAUAAGGGAAUGGAGAGAGUCAACAGGUGGGCUUCAGAUGAAUUCGGUUAAUAAUGCUCAGCGUUUGCAUGACCUGGUGCCCAGUCCUACCACCUCUGCUCGCAAGAGGCAAAAGACGUCUCAACCCAUUCCCGAUGCAUCUGUACCUGCACCAUCUGCAAUUCACUCACAGCCUUUAGCUGCACCAAUGCAACCAUCAUCUUCAGGAGCAAAAAAGGCAGCCCCACUUGGCACAAAAGUGAAAAAGACCAAACCAGGCCAGAAGAUACCUGUUGGACCUGCUGCCAAAUCUAUGCCAUCUUCUGUUGGUCCUAGUGGGCGGGGACCAGUUAUUAAUAGAAAUACUUCUGCUGGCCUUCCUCCUGAAGGACCACAAUUAAAUCCGUUAAUUGGCCGUAAAGUCAUGACUCGGUGGCCUGAUGAUAAUAGUUUUUAUGAAGCUGUAAUAACUGAUUAUGAUGCAGCAAAGGAUCUCUAUGCACUUGUUUAUGACAUGAAUACAGCACAUGAGACAUGGGAGUGGGUUGAUUUUAAGGAGAUGUCACCUGAGGAUGUAAGAUGGGAAGGUGAGGAGCCUGAUUUAAACCUUCUAGGUCGUGGUGCUCCCAUACAUGGUGUUAAGAAGUCAACCAGUCGUGGUGGCCCCAUGUUAGGUGCUGGAAGAGGUAGGGGCCCCCAAAGGAACUCAUUUAAGAAAGAUUAUCCACCUUCGCAAAACGGUGUUGCGAAGAAGAGGUCUGACUACAUAGAAAUUCUUCAUACAGAGACACUCAUAAAGGAGGUGGAGCAGGUUUUCAGUGCUGGCAACCCUGACCCCCUUGAGAUGGAGAGGGCCAAGAAAGUGCUAAAGGAGCAUGAACAAUCAUUAAUCGAUGCAAUUGCAAGGCUUGCUGAGGCCUCUGAUGCAGAUAACCAUGCACGAUCUUCGGAGUACAACCAUGGGUGGAGUAACCAACGUGGAGGAUGAUAUGCAGAUGACAUGGCUAUCGAUGGCCUCAUGCCUGGAGAUGCAGAUGCCAUGUGAACUUUUACCAAAAUGUACACAACUCCCUCAUUAGCUAUUUUUUGCCUGUUGUAAAAUCUGGAUGCUGAUUUAUUCUUGAUUUGAUAUGUUUGUUUGAGCUACAGCUUUUCUGAAAGCUGGCUUUGGUUUUGCUCCUGAAAAGCUGGCUUUCUAAAUAA